AUGAAGUUGAUCAACAAAUUCAUAGAUAAACAUGGCGCAGGACAUGUAACUCUCCGUCCAGAAGAUGACGAGGACAUGUGGCAUCUUUAUAAUCUGAUACAAAACGAUGAUUUUGUUCGCUCAUCUGCCAUCCGAGGUGUUAAGACGGUGUCAUCAACUGGAUCAACAGAGUCGCACCGCGUCCGGCUCAACCUCACUAUUCAGGUCAAGCGCGUUGAUUUUGCGGCUGGGGGAGCACCGUCGAAUCAAGAAAGUGGCGCCAAGGAUGAAGAUGUUUCGACUGCCUCUCUGCACGUUUCUGGACCCGUAACGUCUGAAAAUCCGCAUGUAAAACUUGGCGCCCACCAUACCCUUGACCUAGAAGCCAACCGCGACGUACGAAUCGAGAAAUACGGAGGCUGGGACAGUGUGGCUAUUGCUCGAGUGGAGGAGUCCAUCAUUCCCGGAAAGGGUGCUGAAGUCGCUGCUAUUGUGUGUGGAGAAGGGGUCGCCGCAUUUUGUCUCCUCUCACAGCAUAUGACAUUGGUGACACAUCGAUUGAAUGUCCAAAUACCUCGUAAAUCGUCUUCUGGAGCGUCUCAGCACGACAAAGGUCUAGGAAAGUUCUACAGCGCCUUGUAUGAGUCUUUCUUGAGGCACAUUCCUUAUGCCAACGUAGCUCUUCGAGCCAUUGUUAUCGCCAGCCCAGGAUGGGUGAGGGACGCUGUUUACGACUUUAUGAUCAGCGAGGCGACAAAAAGAGGCGACAAGGUGCUGUUGAAGGCGCUCAAGGAGAAAUGUCUCAAGGUUCAUAUAAGCAGUCCACAUGUCCACAGUCUCGUGGAGGUCCUGAAGAGCCCAGAGGUCACCAGUCAACUCAAAGAAACAAAAUUUGCCCGGGAAGGAGUCGCCCUUGACAGAUUUUUCAAAAUGUUGGGAAACGAUGAAUUGAGAGCAUGGUAUGGUCCAGAUCAUGUUUGUCUAGCAGCAGAUCGAGGAGCUAUUGGUACACUGUUGAUUUCGGACGAUCUUUUUCGAUCAAGCGAUCCUGCAACGCGAAAAAAAUACGUCGAUGUCGUUGAAGCGGUACAACAAAAGGGUGGCGAGGUAGUAAUAUUUUCAAGCAUGCAUGAAUCGGGCCAACAACUAAACCAACUUACUGGAAUUGCUGCGAUAUUAACAUUCCCGCUGGACGUCGAAGUAGUCGAAGCUGAAGAACGAGAGGCCGCAGAGGAAGAAGUUCGAAGACAGCAAGAAACAGAAUCUACAGAUCCAUGA